AUGACUUAUCCAAAAAGAAUACCUGUAAAUGCGUGGUCUGAUGUCCUUAGGGUAGCAAAGCCCCUGAUUAUCACUUUCGAUGCGUAUAAUACACUAUAUGCUACAAAACUUCCGGUUAUGGAACAAUACUGCAUGGUUGGACGUAAAUAUGGUAUCAAGGCUAAUCCUUCAACAUUAACGAAGAAUUUCCCACAUGUUUUCAAGAAAUUGAAGGAGGAUUAUCCUCAGUACGGAAAAUUCUCUAACAUUAAGCCCGAAGAAUGGUGGUCUAUUUUGAUUAGGAACCUCUUUGCACCGAAUGAAAUCCCCAAUGAGAUGAUAAGUGAAAUAUUGAUGCGGUUUUCGGGCUUCGAAUCGUAUUUUGUUUAUCCAGAUUUGGUCAGGUUCUUGAAGAGUUUGAAAUCAAGAUAUCCUAAUAUUAUAUUAGGAAUAAUAAGCAAUACAGAUCCAAUUUUUUACAAGCUGUUGAAGAAUAUUGGAUUGUAUGAAACCUUUGCUGAUAAAAUCUACUUGUCAUAUGAGCUUGACCUGACUAAGCCUGAUAAGGCAAUAUUUCAACAUGCGCUUGAUGAUAUCAUAUAUAAACACCCUUAUUUACUAAAAUCGUACUCCAAGGAAGAAAUUCUACAGCAUUGCUUCCAUAUUGGAGAUGAGUUAAACAAUGAUCUUGAAGGGGCAGUAGCUGCCGGUUGGACGGGUAUACUUUUGGAUAGAAAUGAUAAAUAUGGAUAUUUAUCAAAGUCGAUUAGUGAAGCAGCCAGAGACGAAUACAAACUGUCAAUUGAUAAAAUAGAUAACAAUUCAAUAAACACUUGGGAAGCCAGUACUAAACAAACCGAUACGUUACAGCUGAGUGAAAAAAAAUACGUCGUUUCAAAUUUCGAGGUUUUAAAGGAACUAUUUCCAUGA